AUGCGUUACUCAUACACUAUCCUCGCCUUUGCCUCCAUGGCUCUGGCUCUUCCCACUGCCAAGCCUGCCGAUGAUGGCUCUUGGGCCCCUGGUAAAUAUGAGGGCAAGGGCACUGGUUACGAUGAUGGCAAGUGGGCUCCCGGCAAGUAUGAGGGAGGCGACACUGGCUUUGAUGAUGGUCAAUACCACGGUGAAAAGACCAAGCGCAACGACGAUGGCUCAUGGUACCCUGGCAAGUACGAGGGCAAGGGAACUGGCUACGACGACGGAAAGUGGUAUCCCGGAAAGUAUCCUGGCGCUAAGGAGAAGCGCAACGACGAUGGCUCAUGGUACCCCGGCAAAUAUGAAGGCAAGGGUACCGGCUACGAUGACGGCAAAUGGUACCCAGGAAAGUACCCCGGCGACAAGACCAAGCGCGCCGAUGACGGAAAGUGGUACCCCGGAAAGUACGAGGGCAAGCCUCAAACACCUUAUGAUGAUGGAAAGUGGUAUCCUGGCAAAUACCCCGGCGACAAGGUGAAGCGUGCCGACGAUGGUAGCUGGUAUCCUGGCAAGUACGAGGGAAAGCCCCAGACUCCCUACGAUGAUGGAAAGUGGUAUCCCGGAAAGUACCCUGGUGGCAAGGCCAAGCGUGAGGACGAUGGUAGCUGGUACCCCGGAAAGUAUGAGGGCGGCAACACUGGUGUUGAUGAUGGAAAGUGGGCUCCCGGCAAGUACGAGGGUGGUGACACCGGUGUCGAUGACGGCUCAUACGACCCUGAGAAGUAUGGCAAGACAAAGCGUGCUGAUGAUGGCAAGUGGCAUGAGGGAAAGUACGAGGGAAAGCCUCAGACUCCCUAUGAUGACGGAAAGUGGUACCAUGGAAAGUACCCUGGUAAGGAGUAA